GUUGCGAAGGUGGCGUCCUACUCUGUCGACGACCUGAAGAAGGUGGUCCAAGCCAAUGCCGAGAAGCGUCAGUCGGAGGUUGACAAGGCAAGACGCCUGAUCACCGAUGAGGUGCAGAAGUUCAAAUGCUGGCAGGCCUCGCAAGGUGCCGUGCCUUACCUCGCAGCACUGCAGGCAAUGGCAGAGCAGAUCCGGCGUGCCGAGUACGCCAAGAUGGAGCACAAGCUCCGGGGCCUUCAGGACAAGGAGAAGGAGGCGCUGGACAAGCUCACGAGGCACAUCGUGGACCAGCUGUUCCGGCCUGUGUACUACUCCAUGAAGGAGCGACGACUCCAGCCCCCGGGUGGGGUUCACUAA